AUGGUAGACAUUGAUGAGUAUUCAGUUCAUGAUCUCAAUGCAAUCAUGAAAGGUUUCAGAUAUGGGGUUCCUCCUGUUAUAUACUACCAUUUUCUUGUGCCUAAUAGAGACUUCCACUUUGGUCUUUGCCCUUUAGGAAAUGAUGAAGAUAUUGUAAAAUUUUCCCAAUAUAUUAGUGAGCACAAAGUGAUGAAGGUCUACACAGAGCAUGGUGAAACAAGACUACUCACAUAUUUCUUGAAUCCUAAACCUGUUACCAAGGUUACCCUUGUACAGUUAGAUGAAGCACAUGAGGAUGUGCAACAUAAUGAUGAAGCUCCUGAUGACUAA